UCAGUCCCAAAAAGCCUGUUUGACAUGCUUAUUUUCCUUGGGACUCCAUAAACUAAACAAGUUCAUUACAAAAUAGCAUAAAACAAAAGCACCAAUGUACAUUUAAUUGCCAUUUAAGUUACCAAUUACUACAUCAAAAUUUUCAUAAGAAGUAAAAAAGAUCCUGAAGGUCUUGCGAUUUAAUUCAUAGAAAUUCAUUGGUGCCGCCAACUCCAGUCACUUUAACAUCAAUAGUAUCAAUUGAAAGCGUUUUAUUUCCUUAUAGCCUAAAUCAUUGGCUUUAUUCUGCAAAUAAAAGUGUCUGUGAUAUAAUGUGGUAAACUAGCCUAAGUUAAACUCUCUCCAUUUCUCUAAAAAAAGAAUGAUAUACAAGGAAAGUUAUUUUGUCAUCAAAUGGCAAGACUGAGCUCUCGCCCUGUCAGAGCAGAGAACUGAUGCACUUUUGUUCAGGUUUUAUGGCUAAAACGUUUGAUAGAUUCAUAAGGGUAAUUUUCAAUCAGUUCUAUUGACAUUCCUGUUAAGUUAGUCUGCGGGGGGAAAGGUGAUUAAUUAGGAGAACAUCUCUGCCUUUGUUAAAUGCAGGAGUGAGAGAGCACUUUAUGAGUCACUUCGCAUCUUCGACACAAUAGCGAAGAAAAAUGUCGGAACGGUUUAUCUGAGUCACCCCCCCCCAAAAAAAAAGAAAAUCAUCCCGCGUUCUGACACACUGAUCUACGUCACUCCCCGGGUGGAUCACUAUUUCACCCAGGCAAAAUACUAAUCUGUCCGGGCGAAAUACUAAUCCACCCGAAAUAGCAGGCCAAUUUGUUUUGUUUUUUCAGUUUUGCAGACCUUGAAAUAUCUAAUUUUGUGUGGUUUUGAAAGUUGUAUGCUAAAGGCCUGUACACGUUGUAUUACAAAAUCAAACAUUCAAAUGGAAGUCUGUUCAUGUCCGGGUCUCAGUUUUAUGCUGUUGUUUAGUUUUUUUCUCGGGGGGUGUAAGUGUACUUACCAUGUCCUGUAUUUUAUUGUCAUCAUAUUUUUUCUCUUGCGGAAAUAAAGUUCAUUUAAUAUCGAAAACUCCGCGAGUCGCACAUCGUACAUGUACACUGUUGGUGGCGUAUUCAUGCAACGCAUUUGACCUUCGACACGUUCAACCGUGGACUUCAUUUGUGUACGGCGUGUCACAUUGUAGUUACCAUAAGCAUGACAAAAGGUCGUUUUCAGCAUCAGUGAUGUGGAGAAGGAAUAAAGUUCAUGAAAUCUGACAACGUGAACUUCAAAGGCGGAAGUGGUAACAUCGAAUUAAUGGACGUAUUUGACUUGAUGAAUGUUCCCGCUCAGUUAUGAGUUAAACUUGGUGUUCAUGCGGGGAAGUUGUAUUCCGUACGAUGCAGUAUGGCUACUCCUAAUUUGCCUGAACCUCUGUCCAGUUUCAUCCAGAAAAACAAAUCCUGUCUCCCUGUGGUUGUUGAGAUUGCAGAGGGGAUAUAUGGUUCACACGAAAAGGAUUGCGAGGUGAGAGACUUUUCCAAUGGGGACAUCCUUCGUCUCGUGUCUGUCAAGGAGGAAGUCAAUAUCACGUUUGACGGCAUCUAUGCUUGUGCGAGCAAAAAGGGGCUAAUUACCGUCAACAGGCACUUUGAUGAGGCCCGGUUUGAAGUGAUCUCUCCGUUUAAGGAUGGACACGUCUACAGUACGCUCGAGCAGAUGAUGCAAGAUUUUCCCGAUUUCAUACGCGUGGUGAAGACAGUAAACGGCGUCGAAGGAGUUAAAGUUGGGGAUCGUCUGAAGCUGGUGGCAAGGAAUUCACCGGGUGAAAUCCCCUCGCUACGUUGCAAAAACAUACGAACAAAUCAACUCGUCAAACUGUCCGGCGACAUAGGACACUCAUUCGCCAAAAAAGUCGACAAAUCCAACUAUGUCGUUAACCUGGACAGCAUCUACCAUCGUUUGCCGCAACGGGUCCGGCUGUAUUACGACGAGGGGCAGAGAAUGAGAGGCAGGCACCACGGCAUUCCGUCGCUGGAAGCCGACUUCGACGGGGAGAUGAAUUUGAGCAAUAUCGAAGUGGUGGAAGCUUGUCCGUGGGAGGAUCCCAACCGGAUCAUUCGAAUCCCCGUGUCCACCGAUGUGUUUGUUCACCCAAGGCAAGACUGGGGCAACAAGAUUGGGCCGGUUGUGGACGUGCAUGACUUGGCUAAGAAGGCCUCGACGGACGACAAGAAGGUCGCAGUUGUGGUUGACCAGGAGAGUGUGGUGCCAGGCUGCCCGAAAGACACCAUCCUCCUUAUCUUUGGAUCACGAACGUUUGAUUACACCAUUGCCGUGGGAAGAAACGACACUAGAAUUCUUAUUCCUGAAAGCUACCCGUCACUUUUCAAGGUCACAGAAAUAACCUGGAGCACUGUAGAAGACUUGCUGCGAACUCGCAUGUGUGACGAGGUUCAUGUGGGGACAACCUUCAAGGCCAUGGACGAAUUCACAGACACCUUGUAUCAGCAUGACGUUGUUAAAUUGUGCAGCUUGCAGACAGAGCCAUUUUACGGUACCAAAGACGAGUACGAGGUUGUCUCGAUGGACAGAAGUCGCUCGUUAGUUGGCAAGGUAGGCAAAAUCAAGGUGGCGACGUUCGCAAAGGCCAACUUCUAUGAGAGUGCCCAAGUGAUAGGAGACGUCGAUUUGCAACACAUUUUGGCGCAUGAGGAAUUACCUGUUCGGGUUAAUCUCUCCCAGCCGAAAGUGAGCUCGAUACAUGACGAAGCGGACGCUAGUGAUGAUCUGCUCCUCAGCAUGUCUCCUUUGGAGAUAACUGGGCGGUGCCAAAUUAGUGUGACAAUUUGCCAGCUGAUGAACCCUCAUCAAUUCGACUCAGGCGACCGCGAUGUGAUUUUCAUACCGGCAUUCAGGAAGCUUAAAGUGCGCUCCAUAAUUCGAUCGACAGUGAAUCGCAACGAAGGGGUCCAAAUUUCCACUCUCGCUGCAAGAGUCUUGAAGAUUUCUGCAGGAGAAAUGAGCUACUUAAAUGAGCAAGUGUAUGAGCCCAUACCUCCACCAAUCCCUCCGCGGAGCCUUGGAUGCGACACCCCUCCGCGGAGCCCUAGAUGUGACACCCCUCCACGGAGCCCUCAGCCAAACGUAAGAAACAAACCACCGGGUCGACCCCCCAAACCAGAUCGUCUCAAAAUCCUGUAUCAGGAGGAAAAAAGCCCAGAGACGCCUCCUCUCCCUCCAAAGAAAGAGCAGUCAUCACCUUUGCAGAGGCGACAUUCAAGAGAUCAUAGAUUCUUUAAAUUCCCGGUCAAGGUGACCGGCUAUCGCCAUGGCAACAAACAGCCUCAGACGUAUCGUGGGGAGCUACCCUCACUUCCCACAGAGAACCCUUAUAUUCGAAAAGAAAGCCCAAGGCUGGAGCGACCUCCGAGAUAUGAAAAGAAGCUGUCCUCUCAAAACGUGGAAUACUAUGAAAACGAAUCCGGUGACGACGAUGAUGAUUAUGAAACACCUGAUGCUGAUUAUGAAAAACCGCAGCCUUCUUCACAAAAAGUGGUACCACCCAAAGACGGUAACAUAUCGGCCUUUGAACUGAGUGACAUGGUCACCCUUCUAGAGUACCUCAAAGUUGGUCGUCGUGUGAUUGACACUCUAAGGCGCAAAGAUAUCAACGGUAAAAAACUGUGUGAGUUAUUCGUAAAAUCCACAGAUGAGUCGCUGCAGAAGACUCUCGGCGUUGAUGAUGUCAAAGACUGGCUGGUACUCAGGUAUUACAUUGAGAAGAGCGUAGGGUCUGUCAACCGAUCGAUAUCUUUAUAAGUACGAGCAAGGUUUUAUUGUAUUUUAAGCAUUCGGUAGAGCAGUAUCAUGAUAUUUAGCACCAUUCUGCUCGAUGAACAGUUCAUAAACUUAGAUCGGCAUGGGAACACCCUUUGACUUGCAGGGUCUACCACGCUGCCGCCAUUCUAAACGACAAUGACACGGCACACUGUCGCCAUUCGACAAACGACAAAGGCAUGGCACUGCUGUUCUAGACGCUGAGCUGUCGCAUUCCCCAAGUGAUAUUGAAGUACUGUCGCAUAGUGCUGUGCAGUGCAAAUACACCUUAAUGCGCAUCAAAAUCAUCGCAUUUGACCAUUACAUUAAUAUCAGAUACAUUUUCCGAGCAACUGUCAUUGUCAUGUUCUUGCCACAAUCAAGUGAGUUCGGCCUAAACUUUUCUGAAAUUGCUUAAGCUAAAGCUCUUUAUAGCAAAUUUUGGCAUUUCAGUUCAUCUUGACUGGUAUCGUUAAUGACUUUUGGAAAACCUGAUCCAAACAUUGAAAGACUGCAAACAGCUAAACGCUGCACAGUUGCAUGUGAAACAUAUUCCUUGUCAUCGCUUGAGUAUUGCAUAGUUAAUUUAAACUAUUUAACAGAUCAAUAGCUUCCUAUCAAGCUGACAAAAUUAAUGAGCAGACGACCAUAGUUUUGCACUCGUCGCUUCCGUCGAAAGUGUUUUGGAGUAUCUAGCCUCUGUACGUUAAGGUUAGAAUACUCAGAUAUGUGGAAUCCUCUGAGAACUUUAAAUAAUAUGUUGCCGAGGUAUUUUCAGAUUGAUUUGGACCUACUUAAACGGGCAAUACUAAAGUGGACACUCUCUUUUUUAAUGUAUCCGAUUGAUAACAUUUUGAGGUAAAACAAGCCGAGAAACGGUACAUUUCAGUUUGGAUGGGAUGUCCCAACUCUCCUCGUGUGGAUUAAGGAAGGGCCAGUGGCCUGAUCUCGCGGUAAAGUGAGAAUACACUCUAGCUCCUAACAACGGAGUAAAAGAGCAACAUGAUGUGUAUGACUUUGGUUUUCGAGAUAUACAUGUAUAUGUUUCAACAAAUGUUUAUCAUAUAUUUGGUAAAAAGCAAAAAAAAACUUUCAAGGAAUCGCAGAUGUAGAUGUAUUCGAUCUAUUCGUUUUGUCUACCCAAUGUUUGUAUAAUUACCUUGUAUUUUGUUGCAUUCUGCAGUGAUAAUGACUUUGUUUUUUUUUUCAAAGAAUCCUCAAAAAUUUGCCUUUGUUUCCCGCAAUCAGUGUGCAGUGUUUUAGAACCUCUUCGGUUUUGUGAGGAUUUCUGUAUCGAUAUGCAAAAUUUAUAAGGUAUUCUGGGUUGAAACCAUCGGCGUAUCCAGCGUUUGGUGUUUCGUUUGGCUUAUUCAACAUGAUGUCAGAGGAGAAAAAAUGUAAAAAGCCUUACGGUCCCGACAUCCUUGCUUUUAUUUCAUGGUACUGUUUUCUUACGGUUUUGGCGCUAAUAUUUGAGAGCAAAAAAUCCGUCGGGGGAGUUGCUACCCCCCCCAGCUGGAUACGUCACUGGCUGAAACCUUUAUGUUACAUUUAUUUCCGGACUUACAGUUGCUAAAAUGUGUCCGCAUCUUGCUGUUGUAAAUUGUUAUGUGAUUAUUACGGUAUGUGACAGCCAGUGAGCAACUCUUUCUAACAAUUGUUUUCACUAAACAAAUUUUGGGUUCAGAAUUUGAACAGGAUAUUCCGCAACUGAGUAGUGUCUUUCCAGAAUGGUGUCUCAGUAACAGUGCACUCAAUUGUCUGGAUGGAAAAGUUUUCGGUACAAUCAACAAAAGGGUAUCAACUCCAGCAGAGAAUACAAAAAUGCACAAAAUAAGUCAUGCGACUGAAGUUGGUCAUUAUUGUGACAGAAAGCUUGGAAAUGACUUCAUUGAUUAACAGUAAAAUUCAUUUAAUAUUAGAAAACGAGGCGCACUGGAUCAUGAAGCUGAUGCAAAAAAAAGGGUUUCUUCGAUGGUUGUCGAAAUACACGGCAGAUGUAAGUCUAUUAGAGGUGAGAAUGGAGAGUUUUUUCUAAAACGCACCAAGCGUUGUACAUCUCAGUAAAGAACUAUAGGGAAUUCAUUGUUGCACAGGUUGCAAAACGAACUCCUGAUUUCUACACAGGACCCUUUCCAACAAUGCCAGGAAUUAAAAUGUACAUUUACAUUCA